AUGCCAGGCGCAUACAAACUUUACGACUAUGACCCAUCCAAAGGCGCUGCUGUUGUCUUUGCGAUUAUCUUCGCCAUCACAACCCUGCUUCAUAUAUUUCAGACGAUUCGCAAGAGGUCAUGGUAUUUCAUACCAUUUGUCAUCGGAGGGUUAUUUGAAACGAUUGGAUAUGCCGCACGAUACAGUAGCGCAACGCAAACACCAAACUGGACGCUAGGGCCGUAUAUCGUACAAACCUUGCUGCUUCUAUUGGCUCCUUCGCUCUUCGCGGCUUCGAUUUAUAUGAUUCUCGGACGCAUCAUUUUGCUUCUUAAUGGCGCGUCUCGUUCCUUGAUCCGGCCGUCGUGGAUGACGAAGAUUUUUGUGUUUGGCGAUGUCUUGUCGUUUCUUAUCCAAAGUGGAGGAGGCAGCAUGAUGGCCAACGCCAAAGCCCAGAAUACCAUCAGCCUAGGAAAUCACAUUAUCAUCGUCGGCCUUUUUAUUCAGCUCAUCUUUUUCGGAUUUUUCAUCAUCGUCUCGGUUAUGUUCCAUCGUCGUAUGCUCGCUUCACCUACGGAAGCCUCGAUGGUGGUCAAUGUCCCCUGGUCCAGAUACAUGAUGAUCAUGUACGCCGUCAAUGCGCUGAUCAUGAUUCGUUCGGUCUACCGAGUCAUUGAAUACGUGCAAGGAGCACAGGGUAUUUUGCAGGAGCACGAGGCAUAUUUGUAUGCACUCGACGCUUCGUUGAUGGUUAUUUGCUGUUUGAUUUUCAAUGUGUUCCAUCCAAGUCAGGUUAUUGUCGGAGGGGGGAAGAAGUAUGAAAAGAUGGAGGGUGAUCUCGAGAUGCUGAAUGCAUCGCAGCAGAACCUGGCGUAUGAGGGUGGCUACAGGUGA